AUGACGGAGGAAGAGAAAAAAACGCUUGAAAAGUCGAAAAGGCGCAAAACAAGGAAGCAGAAAAAUAAAACCGAGGAAGAAAACUUGCAACCUUCCUGCGAAAAGAAGAGUCGAUCGAGAUCACGAUCUCGUCGGAGAAAAAUUGCAACGAUUCCAAAUGAUGAAGGAUUAGAAGUAAACAUUGGCGAGAAAAUGAAUGCAUCAGAAGAAACAGAAAUUAAAUCAAAGUGUCGAAAACGAUCAAAAAGCCGCAGAAGAAAAACAAAAGCGGAAGAUGCCGGAAAUGAAGCUAUACUUAAUGUGGAAGAAGAUUCCGUCAAAGAAGAAAACAGUGAUGUUCUUACAGAAGCUCUUGAAGGCAGUUUGACUGAGAAGGAAGGAAAAUCUGGAGAGAAGUCCAAAAGCCGAAGACGAUCAAAAAGUCGUCGAAGAAAUAAUAAGCCAGUUGUCGUCGAGAAAAAGGAAGACAAUCUUCAAAUCGAGGACAAGCUUUCUGAAAAAGAAAAGAUUGAAGAUUCUCAAGCCUCUGUAGAAGAAAAUGAAGACAAGAAUGAUGAACCUGUAGAGAAAACAUCAAAUAGCCGGAACCGAUCGAAAAGCCGAAGGCGAAAGAAAAAGUCGGAAAUCCGAAGCUCUCCUGUUGAAACCAUCGAAUUGGAAGCUGAUCAAGAGUUUAUGAAAGACAAGAUUGAUGAACAGGACGAAGUUGCUGAAGAAAAAGAAUUGACUGAUAUAACGGAAGAAAAGAAGUCAAAAAGCAGAACAAAGUCAAAAAGUCGUCGGCGAAAGGUCAAAAAGCAACUUGAGGAUUCGAUAGAGGAAGUAAUCUUUGUUGAUCCUCCCCAAGACAAUAAAGAUCAGAAGACGGAAGAUUUUUCGGAGGAAAAAAUCGAGGUUGAAAAACCUGCCAGCUCACCAGAAGCAGUCGUUAGUGAAACAUUGGUACAAAGAGAUAUCGUUGAAGAGAAGCAAGAAGAACCAGUCAAAAUUGAAAAAUCAAAAAGUCUUAGAAAAUCGCGACGCCGAAGACAUCAAAACUUGCCUGUCGAAAAUGAAAUUCAGGAAAAAGACUCGACCGAUGAAAAAACAAUUGAAGACGAAUCUGAGAUCAAAGAAGAAGAAUCACUUGCGCUAACAAAGCCGGGUGAAGAAAAUGAAGAUUCGCAAGAGCAAAAAGAAGAAAAAAUGACGAUUUCCCAGAGACGAGCAAAAUCAAGAAGGAGACGAAGAAUUCAAGAGCCAACGGGGCAAAAGAAACCGGAUGAAGCCGAGAAAGUCGUCGACACCAAUGACAAUGCGCCUGUCCAGGGAGGAGUUCUUGUUCUCCCGGUCAAACCUGGUGAAAAAAAAUUCGCUGAAAAAGCUGGAAAAUCAACGAUUCUCGAAGAAAACCCAAAUGAGAAGCUUCAUAAAAAGCAUCUUCUAAGUGCUCAAAUCGAGAGGGCUUUUCACAAAAUUGACAAUCAUGACGUCGACGUUAUCACAAAAGAAGCCGGUGGAAAGUGCCCUGGAUGCAUUAUUUUGUAA